GUGAGAUUUUCAAACCAAGCGGUUCCAACGCAAACAAACCUCUGAAGUUGUAGGGUAGCUACACGCUUUUCUGGGACUUAGAUCCAUUUUUUCUUCAAGAAGUCUUUUUGUUGUUUUUCGUAACAGUUUUCUAUCGACAAGAUGGCCGACGAAGAAGUGCAAGCCCUUGUGGUGGACAACGGAUCCGGUAUGUGCAAGGCCGGAUUCGCAGGUGAUGACGCUCCACGCGCCGUUUUCCCGUCCAUUGUCGGACGCCCGAAGAUGCCAGGUAUCAUGGUUGGUAUGGAUCAGAAAGACUCGUACGUCGGUGACGAGGCACAAUCCAAGCGAGGUGUCCUCACCUUGAAGUACCCCAUCGAGCACGGCAUUGUGACCAAUUGGGACGAUAUGGAGAAGAUCUGGCACCACACCUUCUACAACGAGCUCCGUGUUGCUCCGGAAGAGCACCCGGUGCUGCUGACCGAGGCUCCGCUGAAUCCGAAGGCGAACCGUGAACGUAUGACUCAGAUUAUGUUCGAGACCUUCAAUUGCCCGGCAAUGUACGUUGCGAUUCAGGCAGUCAUGUCCCUCUACGCUUCUGGUCGUACCACAGGAAUUGUCAUGGAUUCCGGUGAUGGUGUCUCGCACACCGUGCCGAUCUACGAAGGAUACGCUCUUCCGCACGCCAUCUUGCGUUUGGAUUUGGCUGGUCGCGAUUUGACAGAGUACAUGAUGAAGAUCUUGACCGAGCGUGGUUACUCUUUCACCACCACCGCCGAGCGCGAGAUCGUGAAGGACUUGAAGGAGAAGCUCACGUACGUUGCGUUGGAUUUCGAUGCCGAGAUGAAGCAGGCGGCUCAGUCUUCCGAAAACGAAAAGACCUUCGAAUUGCCCGAUGGCAACGUCAUCACGGUCGGAAACGAGCGCUUCCGUUGCCCGGAGGUGUUGUUUCAGCCUUCCUUCAUCGGAAAGGAGUCCUCCGGUAUUCACGACACGACCUUCCAGUCGAUCAUGAAGUGCGAUGUCGAUAUCCGUAAGGAUCUUUACGCGAAUAUUGUGCUCUCCGGUGGUACCACCAUGUACCCGGGCAUCGGUGAGCGUAUGACCAAGGAAAUUACCGCUCUCGCUCCGUCCACCAUGAAGAUCAAGGUUGUCGCUCCUCCUGAGCGUAAGUACUCCGUGUGGAUUGGUGGAAGGUAAUUUUUAUCACAGAAGUUAAAUUUGUUUUCCUGUUGUAUAACUUUGCUGGGCAGUUGGAAGCACGCAUUGUCAAGAACGUGUUCAAUAGCAUGAGCACCGGAGAAUGCGAGCAUCCCCACAUCUUUUUAUUUAAGAAGUCAGAUCUUUGUUGUAGUGAUUCCCUCCAUUUUCCCUCUCCAUGAUACUUACUUCUUUACCACAAAUUCAGUAUCCUGUCCUCGCUGUCGACGUUCCAGCAGAUGUGGAUCUCGAAGAACGAGUAUGACGAGUCUGGCCCGACCAUCGUGCACCGCAAGUGCUUCUAAGCCUUUUCGAGCGCAGAGGAAAGCUCGUUGUAUGAGCAACGAGGUACAUCAACCUUCGAAGAAGAUUUUUUUGCUACUUUUUCGAAACUCCGUGUGGGUGGCAAAUAUUCGUCGACGUAUGUACUCAUGCCACUGCGCCGAUGGAAAUCUCCAGUACUCAUGAAUGUGGCAUGCAGAGUGCGCUAUUGUAAUCUCCGACUUCACAAAAAGUAAGUAGAAAGAUCAAUCAAAAUCUUGCAAUCAAGGUCUAAUGAACUGGAUUUGGGAAGACCAAGAACGAGAAAUCGCGCGACAAUUUUUAUUUGGAGAAUGAGAAAGAAUCACAAGUUGUAGUAAAAUAAGGAGGCUAUUCAUCUUCAUCGUGUAUGCUAUCGCAGACUCAUACCGUCAGCUGCUGGUGGUUUGUUAGAGCGAUUGCAUAGUAGAAGGAGAAGCCUUGAUGUGCAUUAAACAACAAACUCGCUGCUGCUCAUACGUCCAGAUUUUGCAGCACACGACAGCACUUGCGGAAUUAUUGGCGAGUGCUGUUUUGUGUCUACAUCUUCUCGCACCAAAACAAUCAGGAAAUUAGUAUGAGGCAAUG